CGGCUUUGCUCUUCAGGGAAAGUUUGAAAAUAGAAGAGUGAGGAGUGUGAGGAAACUUCAUCUUCAUCUCUCUGUCAGAGUUCGGAAUUAACUCCACUCUCUCUUCUCUUUCAGCUUCAUCUGUAAGAGUUCCAGUGUAAUCAUCCUGCAGGAGUGAUGGGAGAGGUGAGAGCUGAGGAAGAUCUGGAGCUCGCUCUGGAGGAAAUGGAGUCUGAACCCGAGCUGAGGAACAGAGCUAAAGAGCUGUUUCCUAAUGAAGGAGAUCCUCAUGAAGAUGGUGAGGAGGAGGAUGAGGAUGGUGAUGAUGAAGAUGACGACAGUGGUACAGAUCACCUCUCUAUCGGUGCUCAGUCCUCCGUCCACCUGCCGCCGGCUGAGCCUCUCGGGGCUGGAGCAUUACCUGCACUGUUCCAGACCAACCACCUGGUGUUCUACGAGAGGUUUAAAGCCUAUCAGGACUACAUGCUCGGUGAUUGUAAGCCGUCAGAGGUGAAAGACUUCACUGCUGAUUAUCUGGAGAAGGUGGUGGAGCCUUGUGACUGGAGGGCUCUGUGGCACACUGACGUGUUUGACGUGUUGGUGGAGGUGUUGGAUGUAGACUAUAAGGAUCUCGGAGCGAAGGUGGAGGUGGUUCUCCCUCUGCAGUGUGAGGCUCGAGGCUGUGAGCUCAGUGAGGACUCCAUGAGAACUUUACUGGAAGCCACAAUGAACAGAGUUCCUUUGCAGGAGCUCAGCGUGGUGUAUGACCCGUCUGGAGACUUCGACCAAACCGCACUUGCUCUGGAACACCUCAGGUUUUUCUACAAACACAUCUGGAGGAAGUGGGACGAGGAAGAUGAGGAUGAUGAGUUUGAUUAUUUUGUGCGCUGUGUAGAACCUCGACUCCGACUAUAUUAUGACAUGCUGGAGGAUCGUGUCCCUGCUGGUCUGGUGGAGGAGUACCACACACUCCUGCAGCGCUGUACACACACCUUUAAGGAGUUCUCCAGCCUGAGGAAUGUCCUGAGUAGUGACUCGGACUCGGAGCUGGACAAUGUGUCCAUGGUGGAGGGACUGCGCAUGUACGAGCAAAUGGAGAUGCUCAAACGCAGACUGCGCAUCAUCGAGAACCCACUGCUCAGGUAUGUGCUGGGUUACAGGAUGAACUGUGGUCAGCAGUCGUGUUGUCCUAAAGGUGAGCGUCCAGGUGGAGGCCGUGUGGUCCAUGUGGUCUCCUCCUCCACCAGCGUUCAGUCUCUCCACAGCCUGAUGAUGGAUAAGCUUCUCCCCCUGUACUCAGGGAAAGAGUUCGAGCUGCAGUUCCACAGUGACCCGGUGGCAGCGGUGAUGGCGUGUUAUGAAGGAGACGUGACCAUCGUGUGUCCUGGUCAUUACAUCAUCACCAACGCCAUCAGCAUCGCCGACUCCAUCCAGCUGGAGGGUUAUGGUUUGCCUGAUGAGAUCAUUAUAGAGAAGAGGAAUAAAGGAGACACGUUUGUGGAGUCGAUCGGUGUUGAGGUGAAGAUCUCCAACCUGAAGUUUAUUCAGCAUGACGCCAUCGAGGGAAUUCUCUGUGUGAGACAGGGGAAGCUGGAGAUGGAGAACUGUGUGUUACAGUGUGAAACAACAGGCGUGAUUGUCCGCACAUCUGCUCAGCUCAUCAUGAAGAUGUGUGACCUUUAUGGCUCCAAGGGAGCCGGUGUAGAGAUAUACCCUGGGAGUGUGUGCAGUUUGGUGGGAAACGGUAUCCAUCACUGUAAGGAGGGAGUUCUGAUUAAGGAUUUUGCAGAUGAAUUGGAUGUUCCUCCUCAGAUCACGAUGGUGAAUAAUGUGAUCCACAAUAACGCAGGUUACGGAGUAAUACUAGUGAAACCUGAAGACCGCACAGUUGCUGCAGAAGCUGAAAAGGAGGAGGAGCAAUCAGGAGGUGGGGCCACAACAUCAGAAGGUGGAGUCACACAGGCAGAAGGCAGGGCCACAACACAAGAGCAUGGAAACACACAAUCAGGAGGUGGGGCCACAGUGGAAAAGGGCAGAUUCAUACAGUCAGAAGGUGGGGCCACAGUGGAAGAGGAUGGAGUUGUACAAUCAGAAGGCGGGGCUAUGGAAACAGAAGAUGUGGUUACAUUGACAUCAGAGGUGGGGUCAGCACAUGAAGCUCCUCCCUCGGAGGAAGAACAGCCAUGUGAAGUUCAGCACAACGCCGUUCCUCCUGAAUUCACCACAGGAAAUGAUGUCAUCACACGUGAGCUCCUGGCCACUUCGGUGACGAAGCGUCGCCCUCAGAAGAGUCGUGUGCAGGACGUAGGAGCCAUGAGAGCCGACGAGAACCUGCUGAGCCGGGAGAUGUUCGUCUCCAUCGAGGGGAAUCAGUUCCGGCGUAACGGCAUGGGCAGCUUCGGGACCUUCCUGUACUGAGACUACGGCGUGUGCUCGGGGACAAACUCCGCCCACGCACCCUGCGUACCCUCCCACAAACUCUUCCUGAAGUCCAUCUGUAUCUCUUCAGGCUUUUAUUCAUUCUCAGAUGGAGCUAACUGUUAGCGAGUCAACCAUUUAGCAUUUAGCACUUUAACUCCAUGAUGAAUUUAAACAGAGCUGAGACUCUCGUGGAAUUUUAUUAGAGUUUUAUUUUCUACAUAGGACAGUAAGGAGAGGUCACUAAAGUUUAACUGGAGUGGUCAAAGUUUCACAUCGAGUUUGGUGACAGGAAGGUGAUGAGAUGGGUGAUGAUCUCUGGGUGCUGAUGGGUGUAAUAGUUGUGAUGUGUUUUGGGGAUGUGUUGUGGUCAUACUGUUGUUGUUUUGUUGGUGUGUGGUGGUGGUGUUUUGUUGGUGUGUGUGUGGUGGUGGUGUUUUGUUGGUGUGUGUGGUGGUGGUGUUGGUGUGUGUUGUUGUUUUGUUGGUGUGUGUGUGGUGGUGUUUCGUUGUUGGUGUGUGUUGUGGUGGUGUUGUGAUGUGUUGUGGACAUACUGUUGUUUUGUUGUUGUGGUGGUGUUGUUGUUUUGUUGUUGGUGUGUGUGUGUGCAUGUUGUUGGUGUGUGUGUGUGUUGUGGUGUGUGUGUGCGCAUGUUGUUGUUUUGUUGUUGGUGUGUGUGCGCGUUUUGUUGUUGGGGUGUGUGUGUGUGUGUGUGUGUGUGGUGUUGUUGUUUUGUUGUUGGUGUGUGUGGUGUUUUGUUGGUGUGUGUGUGUGGUGUUGUUGGUGUGUGUAUGUGGUGGUGUUGUUUUGUUGGUGUGUGUGUGGUGGUGUUGUUUUGUUGUUUGUGUGUGUGUGUGGUGUUUUGUUGUGGUGGUGGUGUGUGGUUUUGUUGUUGAAGUGUGUGUGUGUGUUGUGGUGUUGUGGUAUAGGUCAGUGAGCAGGUGGAGGUUUGGGAAUGAGGGGUGUUGAGUUUCUUGGCUUUGUGCUUCACCUUGUAUGAGACACGUCUCUGUUUAAUUCCUGUUGAUUAAUUUGCAGUGGAUUAAAAGGUUGGCUAAAACCUCAUUAUGCCUGGAGCUCGUUGAUUAAUUAUAACUUUCAGCGUGACGCCGCCAACAAAGAGAGAACUCCCUCAAGUCUGACCUGCAUUAACCCCCAUCACUUUCAGCAGCCCAGGCCAUUAUCACUGCAGGGGAGGGGUGUGUGUGUGUGUGUGUGUGUGUGUGUGUGUGAUUAAUUCAGUCUACAUGAGGAGGUUAAAUAACAACAUAACGUUUUAUUGCAUGAGCGUUGAGGAGGGUGAGGAAGGUGGCUCUUCAUUUGUUCUCCUGGUGUAGUCGAGACGCUGCAAUGGAAAUAAAAUACUCUUUAUUUCAUUAUUAAAAUAUUCUGAUGGAGGAACGGAAAUAUUUACAAUAAGGAAAGUUUAAAUCGAACCUGAGAUUUCGCUGAAUGUAAAUAAAAAUUCUGUUGUUUUGUGUUUAAUGUUAAAUCUCAGUAACGUGUUCAGUUUGGAGAUGAAACUCCAAAUUUCUGAGUUUUUAAUUUAUUUCUAAAAAUGAAUCUUUCACUUGCUCAUUUUCUGCAUUUUAAUACCAACUAUUUCUACUCUUACACUUUUAAUCUAAUGCUAUUACACCAACAAGCCCCACCCCCUUCUACAGUGAAUGAUGGGAAGGCUAGUGCUAGAGUUCCUGUUAGCAAUAAGUGUUAGCGCGAUCUGUUAGCGCGAUCUGUUAGAGAGAUCUGUUAGCAUGAACUCUGAAUGAGGACACUCCUGUCACGCAGCAGUAGUUUGGGAUGGAGCUCAUUUUAUCUCUUCAUUUCCCGAGUCAAUUAGAAACGCUUUGGUGUAGUUCAUUAAAAGAGCGCCGCGUCCUCGUCUGAAGGUCUGAGCCACUCGUUUAAGAUUCAUCACCACUUUGUGUCUUCAUUUUUCAGCUAAUUAGCACUGACAGGAUUAACACACCGUCUGCUGACAUUUUACACUUUCUUCAUCAGAAUCAGAAACUCGACUCGGAGCGUCCUCGAGUCCAGAGAACAUCAGAAGAGUGAGUGUGAUGGAAAGCAGGAAGGUGUUUUAGCUGGAAGUCCAGGUGUGAGUGUGUGAUGGUCCUGAUGUGAGGAAGUGACACGUUUCUGUCAUUUAACCAAGGAACAUUUCAGGCUAUGAAGCAGUUUACGAUAAAGACACUGAAACACUUUAUAUUUAAAUAAAAGCUUUUAAUAAAUUUCUGCAGUUUUCACUUUCAGCUUAUUUUCAGAGUGAAUUUUUUUCCACAAUAACUAAUAAUAAUGAACUACUUUACAUAAAUUUAUAUAAACAGUUUAGAUUAUUUUCUGAUGUUUGUUAUUUUUUGAUGGUGAAGUUUAAAGUUGAAUAAAAAUGCCUGCUUUAACACAGA